GUAGCUUGAAAACAUUGUCAAAAAUUAAUAGUGAGUGAAUGAGUGGUGAAGGGAAUGACUUGGUUGCUGGUGAACAUUAACAUGUUUUGAAGUUUAUUGCACUGGAGUCUCUCACUUCAUUUCUUCACUUUCGCUGCUUGGACACGAUGCUGCGGCGCCUCGGGCUCCGUGCGCUGGGGACCACAGGCGGCUCCCUCUUCUCCUCGGGCCCGCGGUAUCUCUCCAGCUGCUCGGGCUCCGGCCUAAUCCACUCCGAGGCUUACAUCGGCGGCCGCUGGCUGCAGGCCGAUGGAGCGGCGCGGUUCCCGGUGCAGGAUCCGGCCACCGGGCAGCUGCUGGCCGAGGUGGCGGACUGUGGGCCCCGGGAGGCCCGGGAGGCGGUGAAGGCAGCCCAUAGCAGCUUAGCGUCUUGGAGAGGGGUAACCAGCAAGGAGCGAAGCAAUUUAUUAAGAAAAUGGUAUGACUUAAUGCUGAAGAACAAAGAUGAGCUUGCAAGACUAAUUACUGCAGAAAAUGGUAAACCACUGAAGGAAGCCUUAGGUGAAACAUUGUAUGCUGCAUCAUUCCUGGAGUGGUUUUCAGAAGAAGCUCGUCGAGUGUAUGGAGAUGUUGUUCCUACUUCUUUCCCUGACCGUAGGAUCCUAAUUCUGAAGCAGCCAAUAGGAGUAGCAGCUAUUAUAACUCCUACAGGAUUAUCCAAGGUAUGUGAAGUGGUUGACGUCUUGCCGAGUGAGAUUAUCGAUAUUGAUGGAAAGUGGAGUCAGGAGAUACCACGUGUGUUACAGCCAAAAGUGAGUUCCAUGCGUAAGCUACCUGAGGGCUAG